AUGCUGAAGCCACGGAAAGUCGGCAACGCCCACAAAAUCUCCGUGCGAGGAGAGCAGCCGCUCAGCAUCACACUGCUGCGCCGGUCCGGUGGCCUAAUCCUCAUCACGACGACCACCGCGGGCGAACAGCUUGGUCCUGUCUCCCUCGAGUCACAGGCCCACCUCUUACAGUGUGCGCUUAAUAUUGCAAGGCGGGAGGGCUGCACGCUGCACAUCACUGCGUGA